AUCUCCAUCGCCUGUAGGUCACCGAGUGUUCCAAUCAACGUUGCAACACCUAUCCAUCCAUGAACUUAAACUCGGCAUGUGGGAUAGUUAUUCGACCCGGCACUAGACCUAGAAGCAUCGAUCGCGCCUCGGUUAUCGACAUCGGCGAGCGCUUGUGGAGACUAAUCGAAUCACUUUGGUAGUACGGCCAAAAAGUGCUUUUUUUCUAACGUUUUUGGAU